UUGAGAGAUUCGCAUACUGAUAUCACCGAAUCGGGAGAUAAGCUUUGUAGAGAUCACGCGACAGCGCGGAAACACAGUGCAGUGGAUGGUAUGUUUUCAUGGGAUCCAGGACAUAUCAGUCUUCGGCAGCAGCUGAGGAAGGCACACACACAAGCGGAGAACUUUCGAUCUGAUUUCGCCAGACUGAGUAACGAGCGGCGCGCCGAACAGAAUGAACUUGAAAGACUGAUAGACGAACUUCGAGGACAGCUUCAGGUGAUACACCAAACACGUGCUCGACUUGAGGAGUCCGAAAGCCGCGUUUCCAGAUUAACCAACGCAUUUGACCGUCUCAGUGGAAUGAUCAACGAAGUGAUCAGCGGUCAAAGCUUUGAGGAUCUCGAAGACCCGGUGCGAUUGGUUGAAAACGUGGGGAGUACAAUUAGGGCACUUAAGAGUACAAACGAAGUGCUCCUGCGCAAAACUGAGGGGCUAGAGAAACAGCUGAGAGCGUCAGAGGACAGACAUAGAAGUACGAUGGAACCUGUCCAGAAGGAACAUACGGAACAGCUAUCGGAACAACGAGACUCGGUGCAUAACGAAAUAUUGCACAGUGUCAAAAAGGCCGAAGCCUCAACGCUGGAAAGUGGAUCACUGAGCUCAGAGGCCACUAAAACCAAAGAUUCUUUUGAGGGGGAAAUGGACAGAAAGUCGGAAGAAAUCAAAAGAUUGCUGCAACUCGAGCGACAAGAUAAGUUGCCCAGACAACCACUUCAGAACGCGCUGGACAAAGCAGAACAAGCGGCCGUCCGACUACGAUGUGAACGUGAUUCGGCCGUCAGCCAACAGUCCGUUCUCAGUGCAAAGCUGGAGGCUGCAGAGACUUACAUGAAAGAAGUGGAGUUUCGCUGUUCCGAGCAGCUCAUGAUGCAGGAACGGUUAAAACGAAAGCUCAACGAAGCCCGACAACAGAAAGCGCGUCUCCUACGAGAAGUCGCCUCAUGUGUGACAGUUUUCGGUAACGUGCACGAAAUGCUUGUUCAACGAUUGCAAUUACCCAAGAACGAAUUAUCUGUGAGACCCCCGGUAGCUUUUACGAAAGCUUCGGAAAUCAGUAUGGUUACAGAACAACUGCUCUACCUGGCGACACAGUUAAAACUCAAAAAGUCAGAGGAAGAAAACCGAAACAGAGUUUACGAGGAACUUGAGCAGAAAAUCACCCCGAAGAAUGAUAUCUUGGAGGAACGAACCAGGCAAUCGGGUGAUAAUCGGAAACUCUUGGAUGAACAGAAAGCUGAUAUUGAUCGGAUCACUUUGGAACGAGACUAUUAUAUCGAGCUUUUGAAUGAGCAGACGGAAGAACUGUUGACAAUCAAGGCAGAUUAUCAACGUCAGUUGCGUGAGACUGCAAAAUUGGCCCGCACAAAAGAUCGCCUGGACGAGUUAACACAGCAAAUUCAGUUGCUCACAUGUGCGUCACCCAACGUCAAAGUGAUGCAUUCAUGUUGUACCGAGAUACCCAAACCAACGACCUUUACCAGAGAACGAAGCGCUUCGUGUUGCAACUGGACCACCUAUCAUCAUCUCAAUUCUUCAGAACACGGUUUGAAUUCUCAUACCGCCAGCAUCCCGGAUGAUGACAGGCGCUCCAGCUCAACUGCCUUGAACCAAGCGAAGGAGUCAGCCUCGCAACAAUUUCCGAAGAAGUUUCGUCCUGCUGCGGCCGAGAGUAUGGCGACCAGAAUGGCAAGUUUUUCGAGCAAACUUAAGGUUGCUCAGCGUGAUUUGACCAAGGCGGGGAAUUCUAUCCCGAACUUGUCGACUGAUAGAGAGUCGCAAACGGCGGGACUUUUUGGACAAAACACCGGUGUCUCACCAUCUCGGACACAAUCACAGGCUCGUCUGAAUGCAGUAGACGUUCAAAGCUUUGGUGCCGCGAAUGAAAGCGUGGGUCAACAAAACAUGUCAAACGUGCUUUCGCGAAUGACCAAACGGAAUCGUAUGCUGAUCAAGGAAUUGGAAGACCAGACUACUUCCCACACCAUGAACAUGACCACGUCUAAGGAUGAUCCUCAAACACUGAGUUCAGUCCCACUUGUUCCAUCUUCGGAGCAGGAUUCGACACAACAGACCAGAUUAUCACACCACUACAACUCAAAUAAUUCGCAGGUUGAAGAAAGUUCAAAAUCAAGCGCAGUUCGAUCAAACCCGUUGUUAAGCAAUGGAACUGAGGAUAGAAGAGAUGAUAUAGUUGCAGAUUUGCAGAAGGCAUUCCCCGGAGGUGACCGGCUCGAAUCGAACGUAAUGAAACGCCCAACGGACGAUAUGACUGAUCUGGGCCUGUCCACCACAGUGUCAUUGCCCUGGAGUAAUUCUCAGAACCUGGGAGAAACAGGUACAGGCACAAACUCAAUAAAUAAAGCCUACAACAGCGUAUGUUCUGAAAAAGGUUACUCGGAAAAUAAAGACAUGAUAACGACCAUCGUGGAACAUCCAGAGGAACAAGCCACAUCGAUACCGAUUUUACAGAAACUCACAGGAGAGAGAAGUCGUGGAAACGGUGUGGAUGAAAUCACCCUGGCGAAAAUUAAUGAAUACCGAAGUCGCCUGUACUUUGACUGUCCGGCGAUCCGAAGUGUGACACAUUCGAACUCCAUCGUAUCCCCUGCUCCGUUGGAUGUCACACGAGAUCCUCUACCUGUAUCACCCAUCGUGAAACCUUGGAGAAGUAGACUAAAAUUAAACCGGCUUCACGAAUCUCCGACAGUCACUUCAGUUGUGGACGGCUCUGUCACACCCAGUAACCUACCCGGACUAAGUGAAAGCCCGACUGACCCUGUCGUGCGCCUUUUCGCAGGUUCGUUUAUUGUCAUUAUGCUGUGCUGCGGCGAGGCUCAUUCGGCCAGUCCAAAAAUGUCCUUGGUGCGUGGAAGUGCGAUACGUUUGCCUUUGUACUUUUCAGGUGAUUGGGUUGGGUUUUCUGAAGGUUCGGCAGAUGGAAUUUCCGGUGCGAGCGUCCCACCGUUGGACAUUGUAGUGUCCCACUGA